AUGGUCGGCCCUACCGCAUCUCUCUCCACCCUCAACCGCGCCGACGGCUCAGCCUCCUACAAAUGUCCCGCGACGGGUUACGAUGUGCUGGGCGCCGUGAAUGGUCCCAUUGAACUGCCAGCUCGCCGCGACGCUCUUAAACCCGAAGAUGCGACCGUCGAAGUGUUUGUUAAGCCGGGAAACACCACCGCUGGGGUCGGCGAGCGCUAUGUCGAGGGAAUCCUGCGCAGUGUUCUGGGAAAGGUCAUUCUGGGACGCGAGCGGGGAUUUCCUCGUCGCGGCGUCGUGAUUACGCUGGCCAUUGUCGGCGGCGAUGCGGUCGAGCGUGGUGACUCGUACCUCACGAUCCUUCCCGCUCUGCUUCACACCUCGCUCCUCGCCCUGUUGUCUGCCGCCGUGCCUCUGUCCAUGACCUUCUCGGCCACCCUGCUGGGCGUGACCAAGUCUGGCGAGAUCAUGCCUGAUCUCUCCGCCGCCGACGCAAAGACGGCUGUCUCCCGCCAUGUGCUCGCAUUCUCCUCCAAGAACCACCUGCUGUUGAACGAAAGCGAGGGCCGUUUCGAUUUCAAUACCUGGGAGCAGGUCCGAGAGCGCGCUCUGUCCAUCUGCCAGGAGCUGACAAUGCCCGGCUCUGACGGAGAUGUCGCAAUGGGCGACGAGUCGGACGGAUCCAAGGUGGAUGGAUUUGUCCGGGAGACCGUGGAGGAUCGCCUCCGUCGGGAUUACACCUGGAAGAUCGACUCUUGA